GCUGACACUUGACAAUGUCACGUGCCAUUUAUUGUCGUGAAUAGAAAAAUAAACAUUAAGCUGAAUUUAGGUACUUUUUUGAAUAGCAUGUAAGAAACGCGCGUUUUUAUUAAUAAUUAAUUAAUAUUUUUUUAAUAAGUUGGAAAUAUGUCCGAAAAGAAAAUUUGGAUACAAGCAGAAUUAACCUGCAAGCCGCUAGAUACUUUGGAGGAGGUGGCAUCUUUUUUACAAGAUCCACCCGUUUGGAGGUCAUUAUGUAAAAAAAUAACACCUCACAGCCAAAAUGCAAUCAGGAAUUGUGAUGUCAACAAGUUUUUUGGUGAAAAUUUACUCGAAACCCCGCAAACAUUUUGUCACUAUGAGCCGGAAGCGGAAGACAUCGAGCGCCAUGAUCGGAAAAAGUUGCCAAAAACACUGGUUUGUCAUGACAUGGCGAACGGAUAUCAUGACGAUAGUUAUGUUGACGGCACAGGCAACUACUCAGCAUACACGUUCUACAACUGGGCGGGCAUCGACAUCUUCUGCUACUUCAGCCACCACUUCAUCACCAUCCCACCGCUGGGCUGGAUUAAUGUUGGGCAUGCGCAUGGCGUAAAAGUUCUUGGCACUGUGAUAACGGAGUGGGCCACGGGCGCGGCGCUGUGGGACCGCAUCUUGGCUUCGGAGCUGGAAAGCCAGAACUUCGUCAGCGCACUCGUGGCCAUUGCCAAGACGCUGAAGUUCGACGGCUGGCUACUGAACAUCGAAAAUAAGGUAGCCGAGCCCCAGCAGCUCUUGCAGCUCGUGCGGCAGCUGCACGCGGCGCUGCACCGGGAGCUGGACGAGCCCGAGCUCAUCUGGUACGACAGCGUCACCGUCGACGGCCACCUCAACUGGCAGAACGGGCUCAACGAGAAGAACAAAGCCUUCUUCGACGAGGUGGACGGCUUGUUCAGCAACUACUCGUGGUCGGAGGCCGACGUGGCGGGCAGCGCGGCGCUUGCGGGCGAGCGGCUCUCGGACCUGUACGUCGGCAUCGACGUGUGGGGGCGGAACUUCCAUGGCGGCGGACAGUUCAACACGCAACAAGCAAUAAGGGUGGCCUACAAAUACGGCUGCUCAUUGGCCGUGUUCGCGCCGGCCUGGACCCACGAAGCCUUGUCGGAGGACGUUGACGAUAUCAACUCCGUCGUCAACUCGCAGGACCUGGACAGCAACGAGAAGUUCCUACUCAGAGACAGGGCAUUCUGGUGCAGCGUGUGGCCCUAUCUGUUCACCAAGCUGCCCGCAAGGCUGCCUUUCCAAACCGCCUUCUGCAGGGGACAGGGCAAGAAAAGACGCUUGUUUGGCGAGGUCAUAGGACCAGUGCCGUGGUACAAUUUGCGGCACAUGCAAUACCAGCCAAACUCCGCGCUCGGACCGCACGGAUACCUCCUGUCCACGCAGGAAAACAUCAUGGGUCUAUCACGACUCGGCUUGUUCAAAAAUAAAGCUGGAAUCCUACGAUGUCGACGCUCUGUUAGAGAGAGCAAUGUAGACUUCAUCGAGGGGAACACCAGUGAAGUAUCAAUCACAGUUAACACAGGCAGCCUAACAAUCGCCACACAUGAAGAAACGGUUGAAAUCACGAGCAGCGAAAGUAAAACGUCCACAAAAAAGACGAAAUUUAUGGAUGCCCUUCGCAACCUAUUCAGAAUAAAGGCUACAAAAACAAAACAGAUUGAAAGUCGGAAAAGGAAGAUAUCUUUAGACGAAGAAGAGAAACAUGAAACAAACAAUAAAGACGAGGGAACCAAUGUGAUGGAAUCUCAGGAAAAAUCCAAGCAUUCCAUGGUACAAAUGUCGGUUCACCUUCGUUUGGGGGAGAAAACGGGAAGAACGCGUUACGCAUUGGCCUAUGUGUCUAGGGAAAUGGAAUGUUUGGAACCUUUCUUUGAGGACAGUUUCCUCGGUGGCUCGUGUCUGAAAAUCAACCCUUCCGAUGAAGUGUGCACCGAACAUCGGCUAUCAAGGCUUUUCCACUGUGAUUUUCACUGCGAGGAAAGUUUAAUAGCUUGUGUGGUCACCAAGAGAAUGGUGGGACAUGAGAAUCAGUUCUUAAACGUCAAACUUCAGAUACAAGACAGUGGAGAAGGCUACCGAAAAGUAGUGCUCAUAGGUCGAGACAUACCGCGGGAAAGGCAGGAGGCCACGGCGGCGGAAAUCAUGAAUUUGUACCCCACCAGCGACCCGCGCGACCCGGACUUCAGAGAAUUGCAGAGGUACAUGGUGCUGAACGAACCCGACUUCUAUGUGUCAGUCGCUAACGCAUACGGGUGGAAAGUCAGAUAUUAUCAAAUGGAUAUGCCUGGGGCUCGAGUGACGUCAGUCAGUGUCCGGACUGGGUUGCCUCAGGGGUCAAUCCUUUUGGGAUAUUUCGGUAUAUGUGCACGGAGACGCUCUGAUUCAAAUCAUAUUUUAUAAGGUUCGAGUGAGUCUGCUAAUCUUCAGAUGAAAUAAUUUGUCAAUUAGCUGCAACUGAAU